GCUUAAACAAGAGCGACAGACUGCGGGGAGAAAAGCCUCGUCAAGAUGGCCAAACACACUGACCCAGAGUGAAGGGACACCCGCUCCCCGUCCCGUCCUGUCCCGCGAACGGCACCCAUGCAACUGCGCCUUUAGGUGGAUGAUGAAAGUGGUUUUCUGUUGAAAAUGCCACCAAGAACCAAGCUGGACGGACACUGUAUGCUGAAGGAAAGCUGAGGAACGGUUUCUAAGCCUGGAGGGUUGGAGAGCUCUUGCACCAUCUCAAAGCUUCAACAGGGAUUCCCUAACGCCCAGCGUCACACAAAACCUCUCAUUGGAUCCCAGUAGCAAAUAACACCUCCGAAGAGUGUUUGCCGUCAGCCAAAAAAGUAAACGCAGGUGUCAGUUUUGGAUACAUCACUAAGGUGAUCCAGCACAUUCGGAAUCCAAAGUGUCGCAGACGUUUCACUUCCUCUCGACAAACCCGAGUCUUGGUGCCCGUGCCUCCCCACUAGAUCAUGAUGUUUCGUGACCAAGUGGGAGUCCUCGCCGGCUGGUUUAAGGGAUGGAACGAAUGCGAGCAGACGGUGGCGUUAUUGUCGCUCCUCAAGCGCGUCAGUCGUACCCAAGCGCGCUUUCUGCAGCUCUGUCUGGAGCAUUCCUUGGCUGACUGCACCGAGCUGCAUGUCCUGGAAAGAGAAGCCAAUAACCCAGUUCUGAUCAGUCAGUGGCAGACCGAGCCUAAAGAGCGGGUUAUCUCUUUGGUUCUGACCCAUCUGCCUCUACUGAAACCGGGUAAUGCCGAGGCUAAAGUGGAAUACAUGAGUCUGCUACCCAAGAUCUUGGGGCACACUAUCGAACAUGGGCGCCACCUGGAAGAAAGCCGUCAGCUUCUGUCGUACGCUCUCAUCCACCCCGCGACCUCUCUCGAUGACCGGGCGAAUCUGGCCUCUUGGCUCAACCACCUGGAGGAACGGGCGGCCGCCCGAGGAAUUGGAGACUCCUUGGAGCGGGCGCCUUCAUCUCAUCACGGGCAGCCUCCGCAUCCUUACCCCCACCACCAGCGCUACAACUCAGAUGACCGUCUUAACGGCUGGCAGAGCUCGAGAGACUCUGGACUUGGAAGUUGGCAGCAACAGCCGCAGCAGGGUUGUGAAAACGGACACCUUUCGCUGUACCCAUCAUCCUCUGUUCCUUCCACUAUCAACGCUGUGGGUACAAGCAGUGGGACCAACACAAUGCUGACGGGCGGGCAGCACAGUCCUCUGAGGCGUUCGGUGUCUCUCACCCCUCCGAUGAGCGGCGGAUCUAACCAGCCUCUGGGGCACGGCUGGCUCUCCCAGGAGGACCUGCGUCCCCGCGGGCCGGCCCCCGACCACGCCCCUCUCUCGCCUCAGAGCAGCGUGGCGUCCUCGGGCAGCGGAGGUAGCGAGCAUCUGGACGAGCACGCUGCCGUCCGGAGUACAUUCCAUGAUGAGGGAAGCGGAAUGAGAGAUGUGCCGGGGUGGUUGAAAAGUUUACGUCUCCACAAGUACGCAGCACUGUUUUCCACCAUGACCUAUGAUGAGAUGAUGUACCUCACCGAGCAGCAGCUGGAAGCUCAGCACGUCACCAAAGGGGCACGACACAAGAUCAUCAUCAGUAUUCAGAAGCUGAAGGACAGACAGAACAUGCUGCGCUGCCUCGAGAAGGACAUAUUGGAGGGCGGUAAUCUACGUGCUCCUUUGCAGGAGCUCCAUCAGAUGAUCCAGACCCCCAUGAAGGCCAGCAGCACAGAAGAGACGUCACAGCGCCACCUGCUGAGCGCAGAGGGGAAGAGCACCAUCGCCAGUUCACAUCUGGGCGGAGGAGAGACGGAAGGCAGCUCUACCGUCAUAGCCGAGGGAAACAUACCCGCUCAGUUCACCCGUGUCAUGGGCAAAGUUUGCACACAGCUCCUCGUCUCUGGAUCAGAUGAGGAGAAUAUCAGUUCAUAUCUACAGCUUAUUGAUAAGUGCCUUAUCCAUGAGGCCUUCACGGAGACGCAGAAGAAAAGGUUGUUGUCAUGGAAACAGCAGGUGCAAGUGCAGUUCAGGUCAAUCUCACGGAAGACUCUGCUGGACCUGACAGGACCCAGGCGAAGCAGCCGUUACGGCCAGUCCAACUCCCUCCCGACCACGGGCUGCGUGGGCAGCGGAGUUCCCACCCGAAGGAACCUGCGGCAAUAUCAAAUGCGGAACUUGUCUGGUAUGAGAACCCUUCUGGGCACCACCGGGUUGUUCGGACCGACCCCCCGGAGCAGCAGUAGCACACCUACCGGCCUGAAACAAGGAAGACAGGGUUUGUGGUUUGCCAACCCGGGGGGGAGCAACAGCAUGCCCAGCCGCACCCACAGCUCCGUUCAAAGGACUCGUUCGCUCCCCGUCCACACCAACCCACACACCCUGGCCAUGUUCCAGCAGGCAGAUUUGCAGGUGCCGGUGACUGAGCCCGACAUCAAUAACCGGUUGGAGUCUUUAUGUCUCAGUAUGACAGAACAUGCUCUCGGAGAUGGUGUCGAUCGAACUUCUACGAUCUGAAAAGAGGACGGAGAAGGACGACGGCAUGCCUGGCAGCAGGGGAAAAGGUCAUCGCGAGGUCACGAGCCCCUCUGUCUACAAACCCCCCUCCCCCUUCACCUGCCAAUCUACCGCCACAGCCAAUGGUAGAGGUGGCAUUCGGUCUGGGGCGUGGUCUACACAGUGCCAAUCACAUUUUUCGAAAGGCUUCACACAAGCAAGCUCAGUCACAAUGACUACUGUGUUUACAUUCGAUUUUGGGAGAAUUUUGAACGCGACGUCUCAAAAGCAGGAAAACCACAGAGGGUCUUUGUGUCGGCACGGCGGCCCUCCCUGAGACCGCUCGCAACGUUCAGGUCGCUGUCAGGGAAGAGAUCCAAACCAGCUCGCUGACAAGUUUUGUGUUAAGCGCCCAGAUGUUUAUACAAUGAAGUCACAAAUAUUACGUCAUUAUAUGUUGUUUACACAUAAUGUUGUCGAGGAUAUCAGGACAGUCAUUUUUAUUUUUGUUCAGGUGCGAGUGCUAAACGUAAAAGCUUUAGUUUACAAUAGUGUUGUUGUUGUUUUAUUACAUUUUGUUUGUAGUUUUUCUUUUGCGCCAGCAGGAAAGCUGUUUUAGAGCUCUAUCAAGACAGAGACGGGUGUGGGUACUCCAAAAAAAGGCAAAAGGGAAUGUGAGAGGUCGAGAGAGAUGGAGAAGAGGGUUCAGGCGAGUGGAUACGGGAAACAGGAAGUGGCGUAAGCGAAGGGGUCUGGAGAUGUGAAGGGAGCGAGGAACGUCGCAGAUGGGCUCUGACGUAAAGAGCAGAGGUGGAGGGGAAAUCAGGAGGUUGUCUCUGAAGUCAACAGAUAUGAGCAGAGAGGUCUGGUUACGUAUUUGGGAGAAAUGCCAGCAAAUGCAAGUAGAUGGAAAAGUUGAGGGCAGGUCAGAGAUGUGAGCAGACAUUAUUUUCUGCACUUAUUUUGAGGUCGAUUGGGUAAAUGGAGAUGAUAGUACGGUCUUAUUCAAGGCUUAAAGAGUUUCAGAUAAAAUUGUUAAUUCACAGCAGGAUAGAAAUGUUGAUGUUGAGUGAUGUAUAAAAGUUUCUACGUAGCACAGGAUUUAUAUUGGGAAAUCUCGGCAUGUGGUACACUGUCUUUGUUGGACACUACAGAGACAUCAAUGUUGGUCUUUAUCAACAGAGAAAAGUUACUGUAACAGAUUUGCAACACUAAUCCAGCAGCUAUUGGUCUGGAGCUCCGCCUGGUGGUGAGACUAAUGCAUGGCACCUCUUCUGAAACGGUUUUCUUCAGUAUUGUCUUAAAAUCAGCCAUUAGUUAAAUAUGCCAGGUAUGAAAUGUAGUUUGUUUACACUAAGAAAGGAGCUCCUAGGACAGCUUUCGACUCUAUACACGUAAAGAUCUGAUUUUCGGCAUGGAAACACUUCUGGGACAUUAACGUCCCUUUAUGAGGGUGAUUGUCGACGUUUCUUAUUAAAUUUUUACCUACAAUAACUUUUGCUUUUCUCGCCCUUGGUGCUGUAAAUCUAUGCUGAAGUCAUCAUAAGUGAAUUUGCAAUGUGCAAUAGACUUUCAUCAGCAGCGCGGUGUGAUGCAUGAUGGGAGCGUGGUUUCAGAAACAUGAAAUAACCCCGCCCCCAAUUAUUCCUUUCAAACGCUACAUCGCCAAACCGGAGGACUUUAUCGCUCAGCUCUUUUGGAGGGAUACGCUGGCGACAUGAUGCACCUGCCCACACCUGAAGAUAUUGUUUUUUCUGCGCAUCCAAAGAAACCAGUAUUUUGACUGACAGAAUAUUGGUGCUCGAGCACAGGGUUCCAGGCACUUUCACACACACACACAGACUUUAUCUAAAGAUAAAAAGCAGGUGUCAAGGCACGUGUGCUGUACACGCAUGGUAAAUGUGGCCUGACAGAAUGUCUCAUGUAUGCCACUCAAAGACUCUGUUUUAACCGAUACGUUGACUGCAGCGUGUCGACCAAUCGGCUUUGUGAGUUAUGAUUGGUUUGUCCAAUCAAGUGCUUUCAAAGUGCAUGAAAUGCCUUAAAUGGAUCGGUAGCCAAUGUUGCAUUAUAAAGCAUGUUAAAGGAUUGACGUAUAGCGUUAGAAACCGUCGUGUGGCAUGUUGUGUAUUUGUACACUUGCGUCUUGUUUUGGGAGAUGCAUUCGUUCGUGUAUGAAAAGCCACUCAUCACUGCCAUUUGAAUGAAAACAUUUAGCCGAUUCAAAUGAUUAUUUAUUCAUUUUUUCUAUUAUUGAUGCAGAGGUUGUUGUAUUCUUUAGAUGUAUUAUUUAAGAAACCUUGUAUUAACUUUGCUAUGGCUGGUAACCAUAAGUACAUCUCAGAUAACCUAGUUAUUUUUUGACUUUUGUUUUUUCGACUUUGUCUCAAAUUCGUAUCUGAUAGUCAAAAGAAACUUGAGUUUCUUGGUAAUGUUUGGUUUUUUUUUGCGAUGGCAUAUAAGUGCUUAUAUUUUCCUAACCCUCUCCCGGAUGGUGUACUUGUGUACUUUACAGAAAGUGUUUUUUUUACUUCGUAAACAAAGAGCCAGUUUUGGGGGGAUUUUUCUUUUUUUCUCAUAUUUUUUGUGAUGUUGCUGUUAUUUUGUUGCUGUUUUGAAAAAGGUCUCUUGAUGUCUGACCACCUCAGCUGUUACAUUUAUAUUAAAUGCCAAAAUGCAUCCAGUCCCAGAUUUUUAAAAGAAUGCUGCUCUUAUAUGGCUGUUCAAGUGUGAUGCUUAUUCAGCUCCAAAACUGACAGCCAGACGUCCCCAAAUGUAAUCACAUCUAGAUCCGCGAAUCAUAUACUUCUCGUGUGAAUGAGCUUCUGUGCUAUUCGGUCCGAUGGCAUUGGACCGCAACCAUGCAGCAAAAAUAAAAGAUGCUGUAACAGUGUUAACAUAUACAUGCUACCUUGAUAUUCCAAAAAAAAUGAAAAUAGAUGUUUGCGAUGAUGAAGCCUUUAUCGUUAGAUUCCUUUGUAAGAGGCUCUGCUCAUUAGCAUAUUGGAGCAUGUCCGAUGCUGAUCAAAUUUAUUUUUUUAUUUCGUUUUUUGUUUGUUUCGUAUACAUGCAUCUAUACUGUAACAAGGGUCUUUUUUGCUUUACUUUUUGUUUUCAUUUUGUUACUUUCGAGAGCCGAUGUCCUGUAUUGACUGCAGGCUGACGUACAUAUACAUAUAUAAAAUAUAUAUAUUUUAAAACAAUCUUAUGAAAAAAAAAGAGUGAAAAUAGCAAAAAAAGUGAAAAUGGAAAAAAGAACAAAAAAUGUUUAAUUUAUAUUUUAGAGAUGCAUGCAAGAGGCUGGGAAGUCGUAUCUAAAAUAUCUAGAAUAACUGGCAGUGCCUUUUUUUGUAUUCUGACAUUACCCCAAAUGUAAAUAGUUUUAUAUGGCUCUAAAAUAUAAAGAGAAGCAAGACGCAUUGAUGGUCGAAACAUCAGAACAUACAAAGUCCAUACGAGCUGAUUUUGAAGUGCCUGCUCCCGUCCGUCUAGAUAAAAAGUUGGAGGGAGCGUACUGACGGUUCAUGGGAAUCUGUAUGCUUUAGGUACUCUCAGUGCUGAUAUGAAGUUAUGAAUUUACUUGUCUGUACAACACACAGAUGUACAUAUGGUUUUGUUUUCUAUGUGUGUGAAUGUGACACUGUGUAUCCAGGUGAGGAAGACACCAGAUUUUUCUAAUUUUGUAGAUGUCCUUGUAGAAAACGGUGCAACAUGGCAUGAUUUAUUUUAUAAACGGCUGUUUUAUUACUUCCUGUUGUAUGACACCCAAGGGAAGAAGUCACAGCUCAUGUUACAGCUUUCUGCUCAUUUAAGCACAGGUUUAUUACAGAUCUGGUUCAAUUUACAAAUGCUUUCACUCCAAAAGGUUCACUUCAGUCAAAAAGAAAGGAUCUCUGUUAUAUCCUUUAAUCUUUGACUGGUCAGUGACCAGCCGUGUGUUUAUGUGUGAGUGAGGAAAACAUGGGAGAUUGUACUGUUUGUGUGUGUCCAUUGAAUGUGUUUUCUGUUUCAUUGGGUCUGUGUCAAAUGCUUGACAUCUUUGUAAUAACCACAGACAAAAAGUAUUAAAGUAUUAAAGACUGUU